ACACUCCAAACGUUACAUUUGAAAUCCCCGGUUGUGCCGCCGCUGCCUCACCGCUCCGCCAGCCAAUCAGAGCGCGGAGAUUUUCCCGCGGGCAGCAGCUAGGACGAGGGGCGUGGCGUAAUCUUCUAGUGGGCGUGGCCGCGCGGACGAGGGGGAGGAGCCUGUGACCGCCGUGUGCCUGUCUCUCUCCAUUGAUUGCCAGCCAGGAGCAGCUCUUACCUCAGCGCGCACAUAAGGAUGCCACAAACAGUAGUGUAAGACUGGAUGACUACUUGAAGUUCUGUACAGAAGUUUAAACUAUUGAGCACAAUGAAGCAAGUUCCUCACAUCAUUCCCAAUCCCGCUGUGAAAACGUCGUCCCCGGAGGUGAGCCGUGAGUGCUCUGUUUUCUUGGGCAGAGCUCAGAUUUCCACUACAAUACAAGAGGGCGUCAUCCAGAAGCUGAACGGCCAUGAUGCAUUGCCUUUCCUUCCGACUGACAAAUUGAAGGAUCUCACCUCUCGGGUGUUCAAUGGGGAAUCUGGAGCUCAAGAAGCCAAGGUGCGCAUUGACGCUCCAGAGAUUCAAGGCAUUGAGACACCGCCCAUCGCAAUUCCGGCCAAGAAUGGAUCUCCAGAGAUAAAGCUAAAAAUCACAAAGACCUACAUGAAUGGAAAACCCCUCUUUGAAUCCUCAAUAUGUGGGGAGCAAGGGGAAGAAGCUCCCAAACCCGAGGAGACAGAGACCAAAAGCAAAAGAGGAAGGAAACGGAAAAGUAUAAAAUUUGAGACUGUUGAGGAGAAUAAACCAAGUGAAGAAACCCCCGAGAAGUCAAGUUCUGCUGAAUCCCCUGAAGAUAAGUCUGCUUCAGAUGUAGACACUUCUAACCUCCAGGAACAUGAAGAAAUCAAAUUCUCAGUCGGAGAUCUGGUUUGGUCCAAAGUGUCUGGCUAUCCCUGGUGGCCCUGUAUGGUGACCUCCGAUCCUGUUCUGCAUAACCACACCAAGAUAAAAGGGCAGAAAAAGAGUAUCCGCCAAUACCACGUGCAGUUUUUUGGCAAUGCACCUGAAAGAGCUUGGAUAUUUGAGAAGAGUUUAGUGCCCUUCAAGGGAGAACAUGAAUAUGAUCAUCUGUGCCAGGAGAGUGCAAAACAGGCGCCCAAAGCUGAAAAACUCAAGCUCUUAAAACCAAUAUCUGGUAAAAUUAAAACCCAGUGGGACGUUGGUAUUGAACAGGCUAAAGAAGCCUUAUCCAUGUCCAGAGCAGAGAAGAAGGAUAAAUUUACAUUUAUAUACAUCAAGGACCGUCCCCAUCUGAAUCCUAAAGUAGCUGGGCAAGCGGGUGUACCUGUGGAGUCAUAUGAUGAAGAGGAAGAGGAGGAUGAGCCACCGGAGAGCCCCAAGAAAGAAGAUGAGGUGCCCAGCAAGAGGAGGAGGGUGUCCCGGCAAUCGUCUUCUAGCUGUCAAGACACUGACCCUGAUUGGAAAACCACUACUGCAAGCUCGGAGCAAAAAGGUGGCGCCACACCACCUGCACAGAAAAGGAAAUCCGGGGGGCAUGGCGCAAGAGGCAGAAAGGGAGACGCUGUGAACCAGUUUUUAGUAUUUUGCCAGAAGCACAAAGAUGAGGUAAUAAGUGAACAGCCCGACGCAUCCAGCGAAGAGAUUGAAGAGUUACUCGAGUCGCAAUGGAACAUGCUCAGCGAUAAACAAAAAGCUCGCUAUAAUACAAAGUUUGCCAUAAUCACCUCGCCCAAAUCUGAAGAAGACUCUGGUAAACCUGAUACUGCACUGUACUCUAAGGCCUCCUCCGGCACCGGAGCUCUGAUUUGUCUGUAUCUCCUGCAAUUGUCAUGGAAUAUAAUUGGAUCUCGGUUAGAUUGGGAACAACCACAAAAACAAAAAACAAAACAAAAACCCUUCUGUGUCCUUCAAGGUGCAACACCGAAGACUGCGCGGGAAGUCAAGUGGAAUGUAUUCCAAGAGCUACCAAAGAGGCGAUCAAGAUCAAGAAGUAGAUUGCAUGGAAAUGCACGAAACCACAUAGAGGCGGACGACAAAGCGCCUGAUGAGGAAGCGGCUCCUCGGAAGAGGCUCAGGACCCCAAAUCAGAAGCUAGUGGCAGCCAGUAAUGAAAAGCCCUCCAGGAACUGUAGAGGCAGAGAAAGCGUCCCUGUUAAGUCCCAGACAGCAGUGCACACUCUCUCUGACGCUUGUAAGCCGCUGAAGAAGAGGAGCCGCAAUUCAGACUUGGCCUCGCUGGCCGUGAGCAAGAGCUUCUCUCCCGUGUCUAUGAUGGAGAACGAGGUGUCUGACGAAAGAUCAGAGUCUCCUUCUGAGAGUGCGGAUGAAUCGUUGGUGUGCAAGAAGUCCGAUCGAGUAAAGAAGGAACUUGUGUGCCUGGUCUGUGAAAAAGCUGGGGAUCUCCUAUUAUGUGAAGGGCUCUGCUGCUCCGCUUUCCAUUUAUCUUGUCUUGGACUCUCAGUAAGGCCCAAUGGCCCAUUUCAAUGUGAAGAAUGUACAUCAGGUAUCCACUCAUGUUUUUCAUGCAAGCAAAAGGACACAAAUGUAAAACGAUGCAGCGCAUCACACUGCGGCAAAUAUUACCACGAUUCCUGUCUACGGCAGUAUCCUAAUGCAGUAUUGGAUGGGAAAGGAUUCCGCUGCCCGCUCCAUCACUGUGCCAGUUGCCUUGUUCCUAGCCAUUCAAAUGCCAGAACAAUCAAAGGUAAAUUGAUACGCUGUGUCCGCUGCCCAGUCUCUUACCACGGAGGAGACUCUUGUAUAGCUGCAGGAUGCACAUUGCUUUCUCCUUCCAGCAUCAUCUGUUCUGCUCACUUUGUUGCCAAAAAGGGCAAAACCCACCAUGCCCAUGUCAAUGUGUGCUGGUGUUUUGUGUGUUCUAAUGGUGGGAGUCUGCUGUGCUGCGAGUCCUGUCCUGCUGCUUUUCAUCCUGACUGCUUGAAUAUUGAGAUGCCAGAUGGCAGCUGGUUUUGCAGCGACUGUAGAGCAGGGAAGAAGCCGCGAUAUCAGGACAUUAUUUGGGUGAAACUGGGCAACUACAGAUGGUGGCCUGCAGAGGUUUGUCACCCAAAGAACAUUCCACCAAAUAUCCAAAAGAUGAAACAUGAAAUUGGAGAGUUCCCAGUUUACUUUUUUGGCUCCAAAGACUAUUACUGGACACACCAUGCCCGGGUAUUUCCCUUACAUGGAGGGGAUCGCGGCAGCAAACAUCAUGGAGUUAAAGGCAUUGGCAAAGUCUUUAAAAAAUGCUUUGCAAGAAGCCGAAGAGCGGCUCAGCGAAGAGCAAAAGAAACUCAGGAAAAUGAAAAAAAGCCACCUCCUUAUAAGCACAUAAAGGUGAACAAACCGUAUGGGAGAGUUCAAGUUUACACUGCUGAUAUAGCUGAAAUACCCAAGUGCAAUUGUAAGCCGACGAGUGACAAACCCUGUGGACUUGACUCUGAAUGUCUUAAUCGGAUGCUUAUGUAUGAGUGCCACCCGCAAGUGUGCCCCGCCGGAGGCAGAUGUCAGAAUCAGAGUUUCACAAAGCGUCUGUACCCAGAGACCAAGAUCAUUAAAACUGAGGGGAAGGGAUGGGGUCUCAUCGCUACCAGAGACAUAAAAAAGGGAGAGUUUGUGAAUGAAUACAUAGGGGAACUUAUAGAUGAAGAGGAAUGCAUGGCAAGAAUUCGCCACGCACAGGAGAACGUUAUCAUGCACUUUUACAUGCUGACCAUUGACAAGGACCGAAUCAUUGAUGCGGGACCUAAGGGCAACUAUUCCCGCUUUAUGAACCACAGCUGCCAGCCAAACUGUGAGACUCAGAAAUGGACAGUAAACGGAGAUACACGUGUAGGCCUCUUUGCUACGCGGGACAUACCUGCAGGCGAGGAGUUAACAUUCAACUAUAACUUGGAUUGCCUGGGAAAUGAAAAGACCGUCUGCAGAUGUGGCGCUCCAAACUGUAGUGGAUUCCUUGGUGAUCGACCAAAGAAUUCAUCAGCAUCAUCGCAUGAAGAAAAAUCCAAGAAGGCCAAGAAAAAACCGAAAAGACGCAGGACUAAAGGUGAAGGGAAGAAAGAAUCUGAAGAUUACUGCUUCCGCUGUAAUGAUGGCGGCGAGCUUAUUGUGUGCGACAGGAAGUUAUGUACAAAGACCUAUCACCUCUCUUGUCUUGGUCUUAACAAAAGGCCGUUUGGGAAGUGGGAGUGCCCGUGGCAUCACUGUGAUGUCUGUGGGAAGGCUUCGGUGAGCUUUUGCUGCCUGUGUCCGAAUUCCUUUUGCAAAAACCACAACGACGAUAAACUGUUCAGACGGACGGCGGGCGGCAAGCUUUGCUGUCUGGACCACGAGCCAGCUGAGUUCAAUGAAGUACAAGCUGCUGAAUGUAUACCGAAAGAGCACUCAAAAGCCAAGUAUAGAAAGAGUCAGAAGACCAGAUAACCAGCGGACUGCAACACUAUUGGAAAAGUAGAAUCCUGGGCAGCCCGAGCAAGAAGUAAAACACAACUUCCCAAUUGCAUGAAGCUGGUAAUCCUCCACCUAAAGGGGGCUAAACAACAUGGGCAUUUUACCCCCCUGCUAGGGUCAUGCUGCUAGGAUUGCCCAUGAUAAUUCAGGACUUAAAUUUUAAGUUAUUACUAAUCCUGGAUCCAAGCCGAUCUUGAAGAAAAUCCUCACCAAAACAAACCAAUAACUUUAAAAUCUAUCUCCCUAUAUAUGGUUGUAGCUCUUUUUUUUGUAAUAAAAGGCUCCAAAUAUUGUUUUUAUACAUAGCUAUUUUAAUUUCCUGCAUGCUGUUUUUAUGUGGAGUUCAGUAUGUAGGUCAUUGUUAACCAGUCUAAUUUAAAGGGCUACUCCAGCAUGUAUCAGCUAUCCACAUGAUAGGACAGGGUUUCCCAAUUAGAGUGCCUCCAGCUGUUGCAUAACUAAAACUCCCAGCAUAUCCGAACAGACAAAGGCAGUCUCCGGUAUGCUGGGAGUUGUAGUUAUGGAACAGCUAAAGUCACUCUGGUUCUGAAACACUGGGCUAGGGGAUAGCAUCUGACUAUGGGUGGUCCGUCUCUUCUUUUUGCAUUGAGUGGUGUGUCUGCACGUGCUCCGUACACUGUCUAUGGGAGAACAAGAGGUACUCAAAUGCUGUACUUAUGUAUCUCCACGCUCCCGUAGAAAGUGCAUGAAGUGCAUGCUGACAAUGCCACUCCACGCACAGCCAGGGCCCUGUCCUGGAGAUUGCAGGGGUUCACAGUAGAGACCCCCUGUGACUACCUUGUGGAUAUGGGGUAAGUUUUGUAGUAUCCCUUAAAGGGGUACUCCAAUGGAAAACUUUUUUUUAAAUCAACUGGUGCCAGAAAGUUAAACAGAUUUGUAAAUGACGUCUAUUAAAAAAUCUUUACCCUUCCACUACUUAUUUGCAGUUGUAUGCUACAGAGGAAAUUCUUUUCUUUUUGAAUUUCUUUUUUUGUCUUUUCCACAGUGCUCUCCACUGACACCUGAUGCUCGUAUCAGGAACUGUCCAGAGUAGGAGAAAAUCCCCAUAGCAAACCUAUGCUGCUCUGGACAGUUCAUGACACAGUGUCAGCAGAGAGCACUGUGGACAAGACAAAAAGGAAA